ACUAUUCUACAGUCAGUCGAUCGAAGGAUAGUUUCUAAGUCAGAUGUGUAUAACUAAUAAUAGUGAAUUGACAUGUUCGAUUAUUUUCAAAUAUUAAUUGCAUUCGUCGCGAGCUUUCUAGCUUUAUAUUAUUAUCUUACAUCAAAUUUUGAUUUCUGGAAAAAUCGCAAUGUAGUUGCACCUAAACCGAUACCAUUUUUUGGAAAUACCAAGGAUGUCGUAUUAAAAAAAAUUGAAAUAAGCAAUUUUAUAGCGGAAUUAUAUAAGAAAUACGAAAAUGAGGCAAUGUUCGGGAUAUUCUUCGGUGGAUCGCCUAAUCUCAUUUUGCGUGAUUUAGAUCUCAUCAAAGAUGUUUUAAUUAAAGAUUUCUCUACGUUUGACGAACGAGGAUUCAAAAUUUCUGAACGGGCUGACCCAUUGAAUGCAAAUCUCUUUAAUUUGGAUGUUACACGAUGGCGAUCAUUAAGAAUAAAAUUAUCACCGGUAUUUACUUCUGGUAAAUUGAAAGAAAUAUUCCCCUUGAUAUUGAAAUGUGCCGAACGUUUGGAGCAAUGUUUAGAGGAUGCUGUGAAAAGAGGAGGAUCUGUGGAUUGUUUUGAAAUAUCAGCGAGAUAUACCACAGAUGUUAUUGGAAGUUGCGCAUUUGGAAUCAACAUGAACGCGUUAUCAGAUGAACGUAGUGAAUUCCGCAGAAUAGGAAAAAGAAUUUUUGAUUUAGAUAAAAACAUUCUAAGAUCUUUUCUUCGACAAUUUUUUCCACGGUUCUAUAAUUUACUUGGUUUUGUAAUACCAUAUUCAGAAACAAGCAAAUUUGUGACAAAAUUUAUUUCAGAAAUGAUUAAAUAUAGGGAAGAAAAUAAUGUGGUAAAAGCAGAUUUUGUAAAUUUAUUAAUGGAAUUGAAAAAACAUCCGGAAAAAUUGCAGAAUAUUAAAAUAACAGAUAAUUUACUUGCUGCACAAGCUUUUGUUUUCUUUGCUGCUGGAUUUGAAACAUCAUCAACAACAAUGGCACAUGCUCUUUAUGAAAUGGCUCUAAAUCCCAACAUACAAGAUAAAUUACGAAAAGAAAUAAAAGAAUUCUAUGCUAAUAAUAAUUUCACAUACGAAGAAGUUAAGAAAAUGAAAUAUUUGGACAAAGUAUUUAAAGAAACACUUAGAAAAUAUCCACCAGGGGUGUUUUUAAAGCGAAAAUGCAACUCUAAUUAUACCUUCAAAGGUACAAAAGUAUCUAUACCUGCUGGUACUUCCGUAAUUAUUCCUGUGUAUUCAAUUCAAACAGAUCCAAAAUUUUAUGAAAAUCCAGACGUAUUUGAUCCUGAAAGAUUUAACGAGGAUGCAGUAGCUGCAAGGCAUCCAAUGACCUAUUUACCAUUUGGUGAUGGACCAAGGAAAUGCAUUGGAAUACGAUUUGGUGUUUAUCAAACAAAAGUUGGACUGAUAAAAAUGCUAAAAAAUUUCAAAGUAAAUGUAUGCGAAAAGACAAUGAUUCCUUAUAUAAAGAAGAUAAAUUCAUUUACAUUGGCCCCUAAAGAUGGAAUUUUCUUGAAAGUAGAAAAAAAUAACUGAUAAUGGAAAAGUACAAAA